AUGAAGACCCUUGCUCCCCAGGCUCUCCUGCUGCUGCUCCUGGCCAAUCUGGCCCUGACCAACCAUCUAGAGGGUUCACACUCGUUGCUGUUUUUCCAAACCCUGCUGACCUGGCCCGACUUCGUGGAUUUCUACUUUACCUAUCUUGGCUAUGUGGAUGACACACAGUUCAUGGGAUACAACAGCAGAGCAGAGACUCCAAGGAUGGAACCCCGUGCUCAAUGGAUGCAUCAGACUAAACCAGAAUUUUGGGAGUAUGAGACACAGAGAGCCUUGACAUUCACAAAGCAAUUAACAGAACAACUAAAGGCAGUGCUCCAGAUCUACAACGAGAGCACAGCUGGAUAUCACACAGUCCAGAUGGUACAUGGAUGUUCGGUGAUGCAUGGAGGGUACUUCCAUCGUGGAUACUAUGAAUUAAUCUACGAUGGCUCGGAUUACAUCGCUUUGAAUGAGGACCAGAGCACCUGGACUGCACAUGGCAAGGCAGCUCAAAUCAUCAGGCAUCAGUGGAAGAUGAAGGAUUAUGCGGAAUUGUUGAAGCCAUACGUAGAGGACACAUGCGUGAAUAAUCUCCGAGACUAUCUUGAGAAAGGGAAGGAGAUUUUGCUGAGAACAGAUACCCCCAAAACACACAUGACCCAUAAGGUGAGAGCUGAUGGGAAAAUCACCCUGAGGUGCUGGGCCCUGGACUUCUACCCUGCUGACAUCACCCUGACCUGGCAGAGGGAUGGGAGCAACCAGACACAGGACAUGGAGAUGAUGGACACCAGGCCUGCAGGGGAUGGGACCUUCCAGAAGUGGGCAGCUGUGGUGGUACCUUAUGGGGAGGCACAGCUAUACACAUGUCACGUGACUCAUGAGGGGCUGCCUGAGCCCAUCACACUGAGAUGGGAACCUCCUCAGCCCUCUGUCCCCAUCAUGCCAAUUGUUACUGGCCUGGUUCUUGGAGCUGUGCUUGUGGGAGCCGUGGUGACUUUUCUGAUAUGGAAGAGGAGGACUAAAGGUAAGGAAAGGGCAGGGUCUGAGUUCAAGUCUCCAUGGGAAUAUCAGGUCCAGCUGAGAGAAAUAAUGAACAGAUUCAUCACUGCAGUGAUAGAGGUGGCAGAGACCUGA